GCAAUAUAAGGUUAUGUUUGCGAAACGUCAUGUGUCAAAACAUCCGUUUUUAUCAAAAUUAUUAAUGAAAAUGUAAUAUUAUUAAUAAACAACUUGUUGUGGUAGUUUUGGUUUUGUGGCGCGAAUUGUUUAUUUAAUUUCUGUGGUUCUAAUCAGUUCAAGGACUGAUAACCUAACCUACAUUUAUUGCCAUAUUCAGUAUGGGAUUAUGAUAGUCGGUGAGACAGUGCCACACAAUGAACGACUUGACCCAAUUCAUUAAUUGUAAAAUCCUCCGUAACCAUAAAAUCAUCACUGAGGAUUUAUGGGUGCGAAACGGCAAAAUCAUCAAUCCCGAAAAAAUCUUCUUUGAUGAAAAAAUCCACGCCGCCAGGAAAAUCGACUGUCUCGGCCUCACCAUAGCACCAGGCUUUAUCGAAUUGCAAAUAAAUGGUGGGUUUGGACACGACUUUUCCUUCAAUAUUGAGAAUCUAGAAAACGGUUUAAACCUCGUAUCGAAAAACCUUCUCGCACAUGGGGUUACAGCCUACUGUCCCACUCUAGUAACCUCACCCAAAGAAAUCUACCAUAAAGUCGUCCCCAAAAUGAAAAAAAGGCAAGGUGGGGCCCACGGGGCCACGAUUUUAGGAAUACACACCGAGGGGCCCUUCAUCAACGUGGAGAAAAAGGGGGCCCACCCCCCAAACUGUAUCAAAGGAUUCGAAAAAGGCUUGCAAAGUGUCGAAGAAAUGUACGGCAGCUUGGACAACAUCAAAAUAAUAACAUUGGCCCCCGAAUUACCAAACGCCGAGGAAGUAAUCCGGAAGUUGUCUGAGAGAGGGAUCAUUGUAUCAGUUGGACAUUCCAUGGCUAAUUUAUCACAAGGGGAGAAAGCGGUUAAUUGUGGGGCCACUUUAAUAACCCACCUCUUCAACGCAAUGCUUCCAUUCCAUCAUAGAGACCCGGGGCUGGUUGGUCUCCUAACCUCAAAUAAAAUCCCAAACGGGAGGAUUUUUUUCGGAAUAAUCGCAGAUGGGGUGCAUACGCACCCUGCGGCCCUUAGAAUCGCAUACAGGGUGCACCCCGAAGGGCUGGUCCUCGUGACGGACGCAAUCGCAGCCUUGGGGCUUGCCGAAGGGAAAUACAAUCUGGGGCAGUUUGAGAUUGAAGUUAGGGGCGGAAGGGCCUACAUUGCCAAAACUGAGACGUUGUGUGGCAGCAUAGCCUCGAUGAUUGAGUGUGUGAGGUCGUUUUUGGCGUCAACAGGUUGUUCAGUUGAGUAUGCGUUAGAAGCGGCCAGUUUGCACCCAGCUAAAGCCUUAGGGAUUGAAAGUGUGAAAGGGACUCUAAAUUUUGGGGCCGAUGCUGAUUUUAUUAUGUUGGAUGAGGGGCUUGAGCUGCACUCGACUUGGAUUGCGGGGGAGAAGGUUUAUGCCAAGUGAAAUAAAAGUGUCUUAACUGUUUUAUAAUUUAAUAAAGUUUUAUUGAACUGUU